GUGUACUGCGAUGAGAAGGGAAAGUUUCGGAUGGAUCCGGAAGCGGUUGCGACCUUGCAACUCGUCAAGGAGCCCAUCGGUGUCGUCUCCGUCUGCGGACGAGCCCGCCAGGGCAAGAGCUUCAUUUUGAACCAGCUUUUAGGAAGGAGUAGUGGAUUUCAAGUAGCCUCAACGCAUAAGCCAUGUACCAAAGGGCUUUGGUUGUGGAGUACACCUUUGAAGAGGACUGCUCUUGAUGGAACAGAGUACAAUCUCCUGCUCUUAGACAGUGAAGGAAUUGAUGCAUAUGAUCAAACGGGGACAUACAGCACACAGAUAUUCUCAUUGGCUGUACUUUUGUCUAGCAUGUUCGUAUAUAACCAGAUGGGUGGUAUAGACGAGGCUGCUCUUGAUCGUCUUUCUCUUGUUACUCAAAUGACAAAGCACAUUCGUGUUAGAGCAUCUGGAGGAAAAGCUUCUGUAUCAGAACUUGGACAGUUUUCCCCUAUAUUCGUUUGGCUUUUAAGGGACUUCUAUUUGGACCUAACAGAAGAUAACAGAAAAAUUACACCCCGCGAUUAUCUGGAACUUGCUUUAAGGCCAGUCCAAGGGAGUGGAAAGGAUAUAGCUGCUAAGAAUGAGAUUCGAGAUUCUAUUCGAGCUUUAUUCCCAGACAGGGAAUGUUUCACCCUUGUGCGACCUUUGAACAAUGAAAAUGAUCUACAGCGACUGGACCAAAUAUCGUUGGACAAACUAAGACCUGAAUUUCGAGCUGGCCUUGAUGCUUUCACUAAGUUUGUAUUUGAGAGAACAAGGCCCAAACAAGUUGGGGCAACUAUGAUGACAGGACCUGUAUUGGUUGGUAUUACUGAAUCGUAUUUGGAUGCGCUCAACCAUGGUGCUGUUCCUACAAUUUCUUCCUCCUGGCAGAGUGUUGAAGAAGCGGAGUGUCGCAGGGCAUAUGAUUCUGCUACUGAAGCUUAUAUGUCUUCUUUUGACCGUUCAAAACCACCUGAGGAGAUUGCUAUGAGAGAAGCGCAUGAUGAAGCAGUUCAAAAGUCAAUGGCUGCUUUUAAUGCAAAUGCUGUAGGAGUUGGUUCUGCCAGGAAGAAAUAUGAGGGCCUACUUCAAAAGUUCUUCAAAAAAGCAUUUGAGGAUUAUAAGCGGAAUGCAUUUAUGGAGGCAGACAUACAAUGCUCAAAUGCCAUACAGUCUAUGGAAAAGAGGCUGAGGGCAGCUUGUAAUGCUUCUGGUGCAACAAUUGAUAAUGUUGCAAAGGUUCUUGAUGCUCUAUUUUCAGAAUAUGAAAAGACUGUUCAAGGUCCAGCGAAGUGGCAGAAGCUUUCUGUCUUCUUGCAACAAAGUUUUGAAGGCCCAGUGCUUGACCUUGUUAAGAGGCUAACAGAUAAAGUUGAAUCAGAGAAGAAUUCUGUUGCUUUACAAUGUCGGAUGAUUGAAGACAAGAUGGCCCUACUGAACAAGCGGCUGGAAGCCGUUGAGAACGAAAAGUCUGAGUACAUUAGGCGAUAUGAGGAUGCCAUGAAUGACAAGAAGAAACUAACCGAUGAGUAUAUGAAUCGCAUAACUGAUCUGCAGGCUAACCGUCGCUCACAGGAGGAGAGGUAUUCUAGCUUAUUAAAAUCACUAGAGUCUGCCAAGCAAGAAUCCGUGGAGUGGAAAAGAAAGUGUGAGCAAGCUAUAUUGAAGCAAAAAGCUGAGGAAGAUCAAGCUAGUUCUGAAAUAGCAGCCUUAAAGUCUCGGAGUAGUGCUGCUGAAGCAAGAUUAGCAGCAGCAAAGGAACAAGCUCAGUCUGCUCAAGAGGAGGCUGAAGAGUGGAAGCGGAAGUGUGAUUCUGCUAUGAGGGAUGCAAAGAAUGCUCUAGAGAAGGCAGCUAUUGCCCAAGAGCGCACAAACAAGCAGACACAGUUGAGGGAAGAUGCUUUAAGAGAAGAAUUCUCCGACACUUUGGCUGAAAAAGAAGAUGAAAUAAAGCAGAAGACUGCCAAAAUUGAGCAUGCUGAGAAGUGUUUAACAACUUUGAAGUUAGAAUUGAAGGCUGCUGAAUCUAAGAUAAGGAGUUAUGAAGGUGAAAUAUCAUCAUUAAGGACUGAAAUUAAUGAAUUGACUGAGAAUUUGAAAACAGAAAAUGCUAAGGCCCAAUCAUAUGAGAGGGAUGCCAUCGUGUAUCAGCAGGAGAAGGAGCAUUUGCAGGAGAAGUACCAUUCUGAAUUCAAAAGAUUUGAGGAGCUUCAGGAAAGAUGUAAAACUGCUGAAAAAGAAGCUGCAAGGGCCACUGAAGUGGCUGAUAAAGCACGGUCUGAAGCAGGUAUGGCCCAGAAGGAGAAGAGUGAGAUGCAAAGACUGGCAAUGGAGAGGCUGGCACAUAUUGAGAGGGCCGAGAGGAAAAUUGAAGGUUUGGAGAGGGAGAAAGACAAUCUGCAAAAUGAAUUGCAGAGAAUUAAGGAUUCCGAGAAGGAUGCACUUAGCACAGUUGCAAAACUGGAAGAAAAGGUGCAACAGAGAGAGAAGGACUUGGAAAUGCUUUUGGAUAAAGAUAAAACACACAGGCGAAAUAAUGCUCAGAUUCUUGAACAGCUUUUAGAAACAGAACGACAAGCACAUACACAGGCAAAUGACCGGGCUGAGGCUCUCUCUCUCCAACUACAGUCUGCACAAGCCAAAAUUGAUUCUCUCCAUCUGGAGCUGACUAAGUAUCGAUUGAAUGAAUCAGCAUUUGAUGGUAAAAUGAAAGCUCCAUCCCAUGGUAAGCGGAUGAGAGUAGAUGAUGAAUUUGGUGUGGACUCUGUCCAAGACAUGGAUGCAAGCCCUCAAACUGUUAGGGGAAACAAGAGAUCUAAAAGUACACACACGCAACCGGAAGAUGGGGGUUCCAUUUUUGAGGGUUCUGAGGAGAAUUACAGUCAGCAUACAAACCAGGAGGAUUAUAAAAAGCUUACAGUGGCGCAGCUUAAGCAAGAGCUGACAAAACAUAACUAUGGUGACCAGCUGCUUAAGUUGACUAAACCCAACAGAAAAGAUAUUCUUGCCCUGUACGAGAAAUGUAUUCUGCAGAAGUCAUAGAUACGGGGAAAAGACUUAUGUGGGAUGCUGUGCGAUGGUUGCUUACUUGCUUACAUAUUAGACUAGAAAUGUUGUGCGAUGGUUUAACCUUUUUUGCCCCCCGUUUUCUGAGUUCAUAUUUGCCGAGUGUUUUCUACUUGAAUUUGUUGCUAGUAAUGAUCAUCAGACAGGCCAUAAAAUAUUUUGAUGGCCCGAUCUUUCUUUGCUGAGUGGUCGAGUUAGCUGUAUUUAUUACAUUUUUGUAUAGUUUAUCAUGUAUUUAUUUGUUACUGUUAACAUUGUUUGCACAUUAAGGAGUUAAACAUUGACAGUA